GUCAAGUCACACAGACGACAUGUUUUCAGUGCUGAAGUACGUGUUUACCCCUUUUGCUAGAAACACUCUUGCCAAAAUGCACUACUCUUCAGGAGUCAGUAUCAGGCUUUUGCCCAGUUAUAAGUGCUCUUUUGAAGACCCAGUGCACGUGACCGUGAGUGGCUUAAAUCAUCAACAAUGCGUGGAUCUGCGCUCUAAAAUCACCGAUGAUAGCGGACGUGUUUUCCAGGCUUGGGCCACCUACCAAGCAGACGAUAAUGGUCAGGUCGACCUCAACCGCGACCCUUCUCUUGGUGGCAGCUUUACGGGAGUUGAACCAAUGGGCUUAUUCUGGGCACUGAAAGCAGAGGUCGUAAGCUGCAAGUUUGCACUAACAGACGUGACGCGUCCUGCUCUCGUUGACAUUGAGGUUGUCAGUGACAAUAGAGUCAUCGCCAAAGUGACAAACGAAAGACACUGCUUGACCGAUGGUGUCCGGAGAAUUCCUGUAACCGAAGGCAGGAUCAGAGGAACUCUUUUCAUGCCACCUGGUAAAGGACCAUUUCCUGGGAUUUUGGAUACAUAUGUAUUUAGAGGAGGUCCUUUUGAGUUGAGGGCAGCUCUGUUGGCAAAGAGAGGCUUUGCUGUUUUUGCCUUGGCUUUCCAGGGUUACCAAGAUUUACCCAAAAGAGCUGACAAAUUUCACCUUGAGUACUUUGAAGAAGGUAUAGAUUUUCUACGGCAACAACCAGAGGUCAAAGAUCAAAAAAUUGGCCUAGUGUCCAUAUCAAAGAGUGGAGAUCUCGGUUUGUCGAUGGCAACAUUCCUUCCUGGUAUAUCGGCUACUGUUUGGAUCAAUGGAUGCAAUGCCAAUACUUUGGUUCCCAUCUACUACAAAGACAUUUGUGUUCCACCCCUCAUGUUUGAUGUUAAGAGAGCAAAAAUGACACCGUUGGGCCUUGUGGAUAUUGGGGAUGUUAUGAAUGACCCAAUGUCAGAAGAAGGCCUUCCUAGCAUUAUUCCUAUUGAACGUGCCUCAGGUAACUUCAUGUUUAUAAUGUCAGAAGCUGACAGGAAUUGGCAAAGUGCCUAUUACGCAAAACUAGCAUGCAACAGACUUAAAGCACACGGGAAGAAUAACUACGAGCUGGUGAGGUAUGAAAAAGCAGGUCACUUUAUUGAGGUUCCCUAUAUGCCGUUUUGUCUUGCUAAUUUUCAUGCUGUCGCUAACCAAGUGGUUUACUUUGGCGGCGAACCUAAGGCCCAUUCAGAGGCUCAGCUGGACACAUGGAAGAGGAUGGUGAAUUUUUUCAAAAAACACUUAGCUGCUGCUGCUGACAACUGCAAAUCUAGACUGUAAGGAAACGGGAAAACAGUCA